GAGCGGCAGCAGCGACAACUUCCUGCCAGCAACGGCGACACGAAGAAAACGCCCAGUUGAAAACAUUGAAACUAACACCGUUGAACGGGCACUAAAAAAAAACGAUGAAUUGUAAUAUUGUUUCCAUGUUUAUGUAGCAGGUAUGAACAGGAAACGGGCUCUGAUUUCAGACACGUUCAAAGUGAAGAAAAGAAGAAAUGGCACCGAGAAGUUCGGACUUGUCAGGGACGGAGAUGGGCCAACUGACAUCAAAUCCACCCUGGUCUACCUCAUGACACUGUUUCCCAGGAAGCUCUUCAACGACGCCUUGCCUCAGAUUGUGCUGAAGCACCAACUCUACAGCCUGCACGAUGACAAGACUUUGGUGGACAAAGAGGUGAAUAAACUGCGGGGACGAGCGGAGCUGCUGAUGUUCCAGCUCGGGUUUGACACCGACGCGUUCGGGCUGAUUUUCACCUCGGACUACAAGGCCAAAGUGCUCGCAGGAGAGGAGGGCAAAGAGACGCGGGCGACAGUGGAGAAGUUCUUGCAGAAAUUGUCGUCUUCGUCUUGCACAGACCUGAGCUUCAGCAAAGACACAAUGCUCCGGGAGUUCCUCUUCACAGACUCUGAGAUAACGCUGCUGGUGAAGUCGGGGGUCCUGACUGUGAGGGACGCAGGCAGCUGGUGGCUUUCCAUUCCCAACUCGGGCAAAUUCACAAAGUACUUUAUACAAGGUCGUAAAGCCGUGCUCGCCAUGGUGAAGAAGUCCAAAUAUAGUGAAGUACUUCAGGCAGAGCUGGAGGAGCGGCGGACAACUGCACAAGUGAAAUUCCAUAUGAAAUACCACAUCCAUGACAUUGUUGGUGCAGAUCUUGUGGAGAGCAUACCAACAACUUCAGGGGCUAUGUUGCGGUUUGUUGAUUCCUGAGACUCUGCGACAAGACUGACGCGACCGAAGAUGUGAAAGUUCCCAAGAUGAACAAAUCUUGGGAAAUGAGGACUGAGUUUAAUUAAUUUCACAUCACGUAGAUCGUGUUACAAUUGUUGUUAAAAAACCUUGUGGGUUUAUGAAUCGUCAAUUAUGUUGACAUUACCUUGUCAGGUUUGGAUAUAUGUUGUAAUAAAAAGAUAUGAAAUGUU